CGGAGCCGUGCCGUCAUUAUGAGCGCUGCGGAGCUUCGGGCGGGAUGAGAGUUUCUUCGGUCGCUUUGCGCCGUCUCCCCAGCCUCUGAGCCGCGGUUAUGGGGCUGCUGGCCCUCGUGCUGCUGCUGGCGGCUGCGCUGCUGCGUAGGGAGGCCGCCCUCCCGGCGCGCUCUUUCCAGAUCGAUUUCGAGCGGGACUGCUUCCGCAAGGACGGGACCCCGUUCCGCUACGUGUCGGGCAGCGUGCACUACGCUCGCGUCCCGCGGCCCGCCUGGCGAGACCGGCUGCUGCGGCUCUACAUGGCCGGGCUGAAUGCCGUGCAGGUCUACGUCCCUUGGAACUACCACGAGCCGCAGCCGGGAGUGUAUGACUUCACGGGGGAACGGGACGUGGAAGCCUUCCUGGACCUGGCUGCAGAGCUGGGGCUGCUGGUGAUCCUGCGCCCGGGGCCCUACAUCUGUGCCGAGUGGGAGAUGGGCGGGCUGCCUGCCUGGCUGCUGUGGAAAGCAGACAUCAUCCUGCGCUCCUCUGACCCUGCCUACAUGGCAGCCGUGGAUGCCUGGCUCCAUGUCCUCCUGCCCAAGAUUAAGCCACGGCUCUACCAGCAUGGGGGGAACAUCAUCAGUGUGCAGGUGGAGAAUGAAUAUGGGAGCUACUAUGCCUGUGACCUCAGCUACCUGCAGCACCUGCUGGGCACCUUCCGGGCACUGCUGGGCCCUGAGGUGCUGCUCUUCACCACUGAUGGUGCACAGAUGGAGGAGCUGCGCUGUGGCACCCUGCAGGGGCUCUAUGCCACUGUUGACUUUGGGCCAGACUCCAAUGUGACGGAAGCAUUUGGUGCCCAGCGCCGCAUUGAGCCAAGGGGACCGCUGGUGAACUCUGAAUACUACGUGGGCUGGCUGGACUACUGGGGGGGCCCGCAUGCCAGCACCAGUGCCACACUGGUGGCUCAGGGACUCACCGAUAUGCUGCAGCUGGGAGCCAACGUCAACAUGUACAUGUUCCACGGGGGCACCAACUUUGCCUACUGGAGCGGAGCUGACUUCAAGGGCCAGUACAAACCAGUGACUACCAGUUAUGACUAUGAUGCACCACUCUCAGAGGCUGGAGACCCCACGGAGAAGCUGUUUGCCAUCCGCACAGUCAUCAGCAAGUUUCAGCCCCUGCCAGUGGGCCCGAUGCCACCCCCCACCCCCAAGUAUGCCUACGGUUGGGUGACUCUGCACAAGUAUGCUGAUCUCCUGGAUGUCUUGGAUGUACUGUCCCCCUCUGGGCCCAUCCAGAGUGAGUUCCCACUCAUCUUUGAGGCAGUAAAGCAGGCCCACGGCUUCAUGCUGUACCGCACACAGCUGCCCCGUGACAUCCUGGCCCCAGCCGUGCUGAGCGCUCCUCCUCGUAGCAUCUGUGAUCGUGGCUACGUGAUGCUGCAGAAGGAGUACCAGGGAACGCUGGAGCGGGACGGUCAGACAGAACUGCAUGUGAAAGGCAAGGCAGGGGACACGUUGGAUGUACUCCUGGAGAACAUGGGCAGGAUCAGCUUCGGGGCAAACUUCAGUGACUUCAAGGGCUUGCUGGGGAACCUCUCCUUGGACUCCAGACCACUCAGCAAGUGGCUCAUCUACCCCUUGGCCAUAGAUGCUGCCAUCCAGCAGGGCUGGCCCCAUGCUGCCCUGCCUAAAUCAAGCUGCAGGGGCAGAGCAGGGCCAGCCUUCUACACAGGGACCUUUGAGACCCCUGGCAUUGCCUGGGACACCUUUGUGAAAUUCCCAGGUUGGAGCAAGGGUCAGCUGUGGAUAAAUGGCUUCAAUCUGGGCCGGUACUGGCCCCAUCAAGGACCGCAGCAAACCCUCUUUGUGCCUGGCUCGAUACUGUGUGUUGGCUGCCCCAACAACAUCACGGUGCUGGAGCUAGAGGGGGCACCCCUCAACCCCUUCCUGCUCUUCCUUGACCAACCCCUUUUCAACAGGACCCUCAGCCAUAGCCCCCUGGACAAAAAAUAAACACAGGACUGCCAGGCA